UCAACAUACCUGGCUGCAAGCAAAUUACUGCCCGUGACCACUGUGUGCAGGAGCCAGAGAGACCGGGAAAGGAAACAGAGGGGAACGUCUCAAUUUCGUGCUUGGGGGAAAAGUAGAAGCCUGUGUCGAUGCUUCUUCCGAACAUCCCAGAAUCUCCAACAAGGAUUGGAACAGUCUCCCGCCACCCCUGCUGAACCAGGAAGGAAGCUGAGGGAGGAAUCCAGAUCAAGAAGCAGCAAUCAAGGCUGGCAUCGAUCCCAGUUUCUCCUUUGAGAUUCAGCAGAAGAUCCUGAUGGAGAAUAAUGCCCAGAGAGAGGAGCCCAAGGAGGACAGAGCUGGUGACGGGCAACAUGUCGUGAGAUCUCCCUUUGUGUGCACUUCAUCCUCAGAGGUUUUCAAUUCCAACAAGAUUAUGGCAGAGCAGAGCCACAUGCAAAAGCAGCUGGAUUUACAGAAUGGUAGCUUAGAGGCGGGCUUUGUGGCGAGUUCCCUCGAAAACGAUUCCCAAAACAUGAUGGAGAGCCUGAGCCCGAAGAAAUAUUCUUCCAGUCUGAGAUUUAAAACCAAUGGAGACUAUUCUGGUUCCUAUUUAACCCUCUCACAACCUGUGCCUGCUAAAAGAAGCCCUUCUCCUUUGGGAACCAGUGUCAGAAGUAGCCCCUCCUUGGCCAAAAUCCAGGGAACCAAGCAGUUCUCUUGCGAUGGAAAUGACAAAAAUAUUUCCGUGAAACCUCCCACCCCUUUACGCAGCACUUCACCCUCCCUUAGUGGAUAUCCACUUGGGAGAGCAGACUUUGAUCAUUUUACAGGCCGGGACACUGAAAGGUCCUUGAGGCUUUCAGAGAAGCCUCCCUAUUCCAAAUAUAGCUCAAGGAAUAAAUCCCAUGACAAUGUCUACUUUCUUGGAGGGCUGGAAGGCCGAAAAGCAUCUGGCUCACUCCUGACCAUGUGGAAUGGAAGUUCCCUGAGUGAUACUGGCUCCUUGCCCAUCGGUAGGUCAGGGGCAGCCAGCAUGCCUUCAAGCCCAAAGCAAGCCAGGAAAAUAAGCAUCCAGGACAACCUGACACUUCAGCCCAAGUUGACCAGACACAAGGAUCUGGCAUCUGAAAACAUCAGUUUAAGAACUAGGAAGUACUCGAGCAGCAGCCUGAGUCACAUGGGCGCCUAUAGCCGCUCUCUCCCCAGGUUGCACAGAGCCACAGAGAAUCAGCUGGCACCUCUCAGUUUGCCUCCAAGAAGCUCUCUGGGCAAUUCCAAACGAACGAAACUGGGGGAAAAGGAUCUACCUCAUAGCAUCACAGACAAUGACAAUUACCUGAAUUUUUCUUCUUUGAGCUCAGGAGCUUUACCCUAUAAAACCUCUGCCUCUGAGGGCAACCCUUACGUGAGUUCCACCCUCAGCGUCCCUGCCAGUCCUCGAGUGGCUCGGAAGAUGCUUCUGGCCUCCACCUCCUCCUGUACCUCUGAUGACCUUGAUAGGGCUUCCUACUUGGGGACAAGCCCAGGUCAUUCAUUCCCUCCCGGAGAGCUGGACAGAGCGUUUGCGGCCAGGAGGAACUUCUCGUGUGGGUCUGUUGAGUUUGAUGAUGCAGAUCCGGACAGCCUCAGACAGGCCUCAGGAACCCCCCAGCCUGUCCUUCGGGAACGGAAAAGCAGCAUUAGCUCCAUUUCAGGACGAGACGACCUGAUGGAUUAUCACCGGCGGCAGAGGGAGGAGAGACUCAGGGAGCAGGAGAUGGAGCGAUUGGAGAGACAGCGUCUGGAGACCAUCCUCAGUCUCUGUGCUGAGUACACAAAGCCUGACAGUCACGUGUCCACUGGCACCACCGUGGCAGAUGUACAGAAAAUCAAUAAGGAACUGGAGAAGCUGCAGCUCUCUGACGAGGAGUCCGUGUUUGAAGAAGCCCUGGUGAGCCCUGACACCAGAUACAGGUGCCACCAGAAAAGCUCUCUCCACGAUGCAGACCUGGCAGGCUUCGGGAGCCUCAGUCAGAGUAGCGCCAGCUUCCUUUCCCUCAGGAGCUCCAGGAAUGAUGAACUGAUCAGGGACCUCACCAGGACUCCCCCACCGCCCUCCUCUGCUUUUCUGAAAGCUUCCAGCGAGUCCGCUUAUCUAAGUAUCCUACCAAAGACCCCAGAGGGUAUAAGUGAAGAACAGAGGAUUCAGGAGUUGACUGCGAUGGAAGAGUCCCGGAUAGCAAUUCUGAACAACCUCGAGGAACUUGAACAAAAAAUCAAAGAUAUAAAUGACCAGAUGGAGGAAUCUUCCAGAGAGUUGGAUAUGGAAUGUGCUCUCCUGGAUGGAGAACAAAAAUCAGAAACAACCGAACUUAUGAAAGAGAAGGAGAUUUUGGAUCAUCUAAACCGGAAAAUAGCAGAACUGGAAAAGAACAUUGUUGGUGAAAAGACCAAGGAGAAGGUAAAGCUUGAUGCUGAAAGGGAAAAACUAGAGAGGCUUCAGGAGCUUUACUCCGAGCAGAAGACCCAGCUGGACAAUUGUCCUGAGUCCAUGAGGGAACAGUUGCAACAACAACUGAAGAGGGAUGCUGAUCUGUUGGAUGUGGAGAGCAAACACUUUGAAGACCUGGAAUUCCAGCAGCUUGAGCGUGAGAGCCGUCUAGAUGAGGAAAAGGAGAACCUGACCCAGCAGCUCCUGCGUGAAGUGGCUGAAUAUCAACGGAACAUUGUUACUAGAAAGGAAAAAAUUUCUGCAUUGAAAAAGCAAGCUAAUCACAUUGUCCAGCAGGCUCAGAGAGAACAAGAUCAUUUUGUGAAAGAAAAGAAUAACUUAAUAAUGAUGUUGCAGAGAGAAAAGGAAAAUCUUUGUAAUUUGGAAAAGAAAUACUCCAGCCUCUCUGGGGGCAAAGGGUUUCCUGUCAACCCCAAUACUCUAAAAGAGGGCUAUAUCAUUGUAAAUGAAAUUAAUGAGCCAUGUGGCAAUUCCACGAAUCUCUCCCCUUCCACUCAGUUCCCUGCUGAUGCUGAUGCUGUUGCCACUGGGCCUACCACAGCUGUGCUGGUGAGCCAGCCACAAAAUAAAGAGCAUUUUAGAAGUCUGGAAGAAAGGAAAAAACAGCACCAAGAAGGCCUCUAUCUGAGUGACACUUUGCCUCGAAAGAAAACCACACCUUCCAUAUCCCCUCAUUUCAGCAGUGCUACUAUGGGGAGAAGCACCGCCCCAAAGGGCCACCUGCCCCUGGGACAGAGCAACAGCUGUGGCAGCGUGCUUCCCCACUCGCUGGCAACCAUGACCAAAGACUCAGAAUCUCGGAGGAUGCUCAGAGGAUAUAAUCACCAACAGAUGAGUGAAGGACAAAGGCAGAAGUCUUCUGAAUUUUACAGCCGCACAGCAUCUGAAUCAAAUGUCUACUUGAACAGUUUCCACUACCCAGAUCACAGCUACAAGGACCAGGCCUUUGAUACUCUGAGCCUAGACAGCUCUGACAGCAUGGAGACAAGCAUCUCUGCCUGCUCACCUGACAAUAUCUCUAGUGCCAGCACUUCAAAUAUUGCCCGAAUAGAAGAAAUGGAGAGACUUUUGAAGCAGGCUCAUGCAGAGAAGACAAGGCUUCUUGAAUCCAGGGAACGGGAAAUGGAAGCCAAGAAACGCGCUCUGGAAGAAGAAAAACGACGCCGAGAACUCCUGGAAAAACGAUUGCAGGAAGAAACCAGCCAGAGGCAGAAGUUAAUUGAAAAGGAAGUAAAAAUAAGGGAGAAACAAAGGGCACAGGCUCGACCUCUGACCCGUUAUCUGCCUAUCCGGAAGGAAGACUUUGAUUUGCGCAGCCACGUGGAGACUGCUGGCCACAAUAUUGAUACCUAUCAUGUGUCAAUCACAGAGAAGACCUGCAGAGGAUUCCUCAUCAAAAUGGGUGGAAAAAUUAAAACUUGGAAAAAACGUUGGUUUGUUUUUGAUCGGAACAAGCGCACCUUCUCUUAUUAUGCAGACAAGCAUGAAGCUAAAUUAAAAGGAGUAAUAUACUUUCAAGCCAUUGAAGAAGUAUAUUAUGAUCACCUCAAGAAUGCUAAUAAGAGUCCUAAUCCAUUACUCACCUUUAGCGUCAAGACGCAUGACAGAAUCUACUAUAUGGUGGCCCCAUCGCCAGAAGCCAUGCGGAUCUGGAUGGAUGUUAUAGUUACUGGGGCGGAAGGUUACACUCACUUCUUGUUGUAGUGAACUAACGCAAUAGUCCACUUCAGGGCAGACUGCAAUAAUUUCUUACAAGAAUAAAGCCAUAUUCAACACCAGGUGGAAAGACCCAACAGACCCAUCCCUUUAACUAUGGAUACUCAGAACUGUUUUCAUAUAAACAGGAGGUCAUUUGUAAAAGGGAAAGAAGGGAUUUUAAUUCAAAGAUUAAGCGUAAAUAACUCAAAGCUUGAUCAUAAAUAGCAAAGAAUUGAAGCGCCUA